AUGGAGUCUACCAGACAAAAUGCUCCAAUUCCGGACAAAAAAUUCGAUUCUAUCGAACGGAUGAGGACUAACGUCCUUGAUAUGGCCAGGGAGAGAGGCCUAGAAAUACAAGGGAAAAUUAACAACCACUUCAACGAACUUCUCAAGAAGGAGAAGAGGAAAAUAGUCGGAAAGGAAGUUAAAUCGGCCGCAAGACAAUUCCGAAGGCGAAGGAAGCAAACCGAGGCCGACGUGAAAAAGGAAAUAAGGGAUGCGAGGAGAUGGAGGAUAGAUAUAGCUAAGGAAGAGAAAAGACGACGGAAGGAAGUACUUUACUGGAAGGAAGAGGCCUCAAGGUGGAAGAAGGAAAACCGACGCUUAAAACGUAAUCUCAAGGCUCGCGAAAAACGGGCUGAGGUAAACCGUAAGAUCGCAGAGAAUAGGUGGAGGGGUAAGAAAAAGUACGCCAAACUUCAAGCGAAGGUGGGUGACGAGCUUAAGAAAAUAUGGGAAAUCCGACGUAGCGAAACCCUAAAACCCGUCCUAGCCAAACACGCCAUCGAGGGAAAGGUAAAAAAGUACGUCAUCACCCCAAACGGUAAUUAUUUUCCAUCCUACUUCUUAGACAUUACGGAAGAUGAGGUUAGGGCACUCAUAAACUCCGAAACGGGACCUAGGAACGUCAGGAUGUCCUUAGCCUGUGACAUGGUAAAGACCAAACCCAAAACCAAGGAAAAAAUUGUAAAGGUACCCGGCUUUAGUUCUAGGAACCAUAAGCUUAUCGGUGCGGAUGAUACGGAAGAAAUCCAGGAUAUUAUGAGGGAAAAAAUGGUGAAGUCCCUUUCGGAAUACCAGAGGGAAGGUAGCUCGUGGAAACUACGUAGAGUCGUUCGGCUGGAAGUCCACAUCGGAAAGUUCCGACCACAUAGGGGUAAGAAACACGAACCACUACCUAAAUCCAUAGCCAGCAAGAAAGCGAUUAUCAACAUGAAGAACAACGACGACGAAUGUUUCAAGUGGGCUGUCACACGUGCCCUGAACCCCACCGACAUCCAUCCGGAAAGAAUCACAAAAGAACUCAAGAGACAAUCCGAAGGGUUGGACUGGGAAGAGACCGAAUUCCCAACACCGAUAAACGAUAUUAAAAAAUUCGAGAAAAACAACGACAUUUGUAUCAACGUGUUCAGCGGCGACGAUAAAACCAAGGUCUACCCCAUACGGGUAUCAGGAAAAGCCAAUCCCGUAAGACUCUUCCUAUGGAAAAACCACUAUAGCGUUGUUAAGGAUAUGUCUAGACUCGUAGGUUCACAAAUCAGUAAGAACGAACACAAAAAAUAUAUAUGUGAUCGGUGUCUGAGCGCACACGGAUCGGAAGAACUCCUGGAAAAGCAUCUUGGAUUGUGCUCGAAGCAUGAAUUUCAAAGACACGAAUAUCCAAAACCCGGAAGCACCACAGAAUUCGGAAACUACGAAAGGAUACAGCAAUUUCCGAUCGUCAUCUACGCAGACUUUGAAUGCUACAUUAAGAAAUUGGAUGCAAAUGAGCAAACACAACCCCCAGCGGAUUCUGCUAUUACAUCAAGUGUUUCGACAACUCCAUCUACAAACCCAAGCUGGUACACUAUACACAGCAGUAUGAGGGAGAAGACAUCACCAAAAAAUUUGUGGACAUGUUGAAGAGGUAAUGAAGGAUAUCCACAACAAGUUCAAGUUCAAGGUGCCUGUCAUAAUGACCUCCAGGAACAUCAAAGAUUACAAAGAAGCAACCACCUGCUACGCAUGCAAGAAAGAAUUCACAAAAGACUACAGAGUCAACGACCACUGCCACUAUACAGGUAAGUACACGGGUGCAGCACACAAUUCAUGCAACCUCAAAAUGAAACAACCAAAAUUCAUACCGGUCCUCUUCCAUAACCUUGAAGGGUAUGAUGCUCACCUGUUUAUCAAAAACCUCGGGGUGAGUAGCGGAGACAUCAAAUGUAUUCCCAAAACGGAAGAGAAGUACAUAUCCUUUACCAAAGAGGUAGUCGUCGACACAUUCAAAAACAAAGACGGUAAGGAAAAGAAGGUCAAAAGGGAAUUAAGAAUCCUGGACUCCUUCAAAUUUAUGGCAAGCCCCUUGGACAAAUUUACCAAGGAUCUAGGUAAGGACGACUUCGAAAAUCUGAAACUGAUGACAUCAAACCUCACCACAAGACAACAGAUGCUUUUAAGAAAAAAGGAUGUAUACCCCUAUGAAUAUAUGGACGGAUUCGACAGACUGAAGGAAACAUCCCUACCACCCAAGAAGAAGUUCUUCAGCAGUCUUACGGGUGAAGACGUCAGCGGUGAUGACUAUAGGAGAGCACAGAAGGUGUGGAACACCUUCGAUAUGAAAACCAUGAGGGACUACCACAACCUAUACCUUAAGACCGAUGUCCUACUACUAGCGGACGUUAUGGAAAACUUUAGGAAGAUAUGUAGAACGAACUACGGACUCGACCCCCUGUGGUAUUACACAGCACCGGGACUGGCAUGGGAUGCGUGUCUCAAGAUAACCGGGGUGGAAUUGGAUCUUAUUUCCGAUCCGGAUAUGUAUUUACUCAUAGAAAAAGGAAUACGUGGAGGAAUAA